AUGCGCAUCCUGCGCCGCUGUAACAUCUUCCUCACUGACUCGGCUUCCAAUUUCCGCAUCCCCCAGCUGCAGCAGCAUUAUGACUUGGUUGCUGCCCGGCCCACCGACGAGCGCACCCUGCAGCAGGCAUGCCAGAGCCUCGACGUCGAUAUCAUAUCCCUCGACCUCACCACCCGCUUCGAAACACACUUCAAGUUUCCUAUGCUCGGCACCGCUAUAGCACGAGGAAUCAAGAUUGAGAUUUGCUAUAGCCAAGGCAUAAUAUCAAACGAUCCGGCUGCAAAGCGCAAUGUCAUUAGCAACGCCGUCCAGCUCAUUCGCGUCACCAGAGGCCGCGGUCUGAUAUUCAGCUCCGAAGCAAACAACGCCCUGGGCAUACGAGCACCCAGCGACAUCAUCAACCUCGCUUCCGUAUGGGGGCUCGGCACAGAAAAGGGCAAAGACGGCCUCACCAAGGAGCCACGAAGCGUCGUUGAGUUUGCCCGCCUGAAACGACAGAGCUUCAAAGGCAUAGUCGACAUUGUCCACGGCGGCGACAAGUCAGCGCAAGAGACAAAAGACAAGGCAUCACAAAAGGUAAAAGCAAAUAAAAACCAAAACGGCAAGCGACCAGGCGACACGUUGGACUCCACCCCCACGCACGAGACAAAAGCCGAAAAGCCCAUCUCCAAGCGCCAGCAAGCAAAAAACAAAAAGGCAAAAGUCCAGGAUGCAGGCCAGGAACAGCAACAGGCUGCAUAA